AGUCGGCUUCGGCAGUCGCAGAAAUACAACGCAUCCGAUAUGCAACGGAACGCAUUUUCGGACGCGGCCCGAGUCGUUCCGAGAAAAUUCGCGCUUCAUUUUCACGCGCUGCAUAUAAUUUACUCUGUGCUCCACAUAUAUAUAUAUAUAUAUAUAUAAUAAAUAAAAACCAACCAAUAGCCCAAAAAAAAAGAAAUGAAAAGUCCGCAUCAACAAUAAAAAUCUGCCUGCAUUUUUGCCUUUUGUGUGAGCUGCCCACCAGAACGAGAGAAGCACUUUUAUUGUAUAUAAAAAUUAUAUACAUCGCCGGGAGGAGCUGCAGCAACCCACUCCAAGCCAGGGUUGCCACGUCCUGAGCUGCUGUAAGCUCUCCGCAGCAGCUGCAGCAGCAUCAGCAUCGCAGCAGCAUCAGCAGCAGCGCAGCAACCGCCGCAGCAUCAAUUUGGCUUUUGGGCAGAGAUAAUUUAAGACAAAUAUAUGUGAUGCUAUGCACAUCAGCAGCUAUGAAAUAUCCCUAGAACGCGUUGCUGAAGAAUGUAUGGGUCGCAGGCAAUGGAAACAUUAUCAAGACAAACUGACGUGCAGCCACUUGAAUAUCGAGGAGCAACAGCCCAUAGCAAUAGCCGGUUCCGAGGACGAGCCAUCGCAAUACAACCACAGCAGCAAGGAGAUCAGCCAGAGCAAUCCCAACCACUGUAAGACAGAGAACCACCGUCUGGAGCAGCAACACAACGGCAGCCAGCUAUUGGAAGAAGAAGAUUCUGAGAACAACCAAACAUCACACGAUUCAUCACGUACACCAACACCGGGAGCCACCAGUACACCAUCACCACCGCCAGAACCCAUCGAUUGGAGACCGUCGGCCAAGUGCAACUUCUGUGUUAACGGUCGCCUGCUAACGGUUAACGCCCAGGGCAAGUUGGUGGCCGAGUCAGCAGCAACUGCCACUAGUAGUAGCACUAGUAAUAGUCACAUUCAUCAGCACGACAGUGACAGCAACUCGAGUGCAUCACUGCCCCACCACAUCAGCAGCAGCAGCAGCAGCAACAACAAUAGCAGUGGCAACAGGGCACGCCACAUUGCUGCUGCAAGUGCAAGAGCAACACCAGCAGCGGCCACACCCGCCAACUCCCUUGAACUCUACAAGCUGCUGACCCAGCGGGCAGCCAAAAUGACAUCGAUGGACUCGAUGGCCGCCCAGCUGGCGCAAUUCUCACUGCUGGCCGACUUCAAUCUGAUCAACUCGCUGGCCAGCCAACAGCAGCAGCAGCAGCAGCAACAGAUCGCUAGUGCGGUAACGCCAACUACCUCAGAAGUAUCUGCAGCCGCAAUCAGUCCCGCACUCAAAGAUACACCCAGUCCCAGUGUGGAUGCACCGCUCGAUCUUAGCAGCAAACCAUCGCCGAACUCAUCGAUUAGCGGCGAUGUGAAGUCCGUCAGAGCCUGUGCCACGCCCACGCCGUCGGGAAGAAGGGCGUACAGUGAAGAGGAUCUGAGCCGGGCCCUACAGGAUGUGGUGGCCAACAAGCUAGAUGCCCGGAAAUCGGCUAGCCAGCACCAUGAGCAGCGCUCCAUUCUGGACAACCGGCUGUUCAAGAUGAAACACCAUGACCAGGAGCAGGAUCAUGAUGGCGACGAGCUCGAGGACUCCAACGAUGAUGCUGAGGCGGAAGUGGACAGCAAUGCGUCGACACCGGUGUAUCCGGCAGAGUUUGCAAGGGCACAACUGCGCAAACUGAGCCACCUGUCCGAGCACAAUGGCAGCGAUCUGGGCGAGGAUGUGGAUCGUGGAUCGCCGAAAAUGGGGCGACAUCCGGCCUGUGGCAAUGCCAGUGCCAAUCAGGGCGCACCGCCAUCCAUUCCGCUGGAUGCCAAUGUCCUGCUGCACACUCUGAUGCUGGCUGCUGGGAUUGGUGCAAUGCCGAAGCUGGAUGAAACGCAAACGGUGGGCGACUUUAUCAAGGGUCUGCUGGUGGCCAACAGUGGUGGCAUAAUGAACGAGGGACUGCUAAAUCUGCUGUCCGCCAGUCAGGAGAACAGCAAUGGCAAUGCCUCGCUGCUGCUGCAACAGCAACAGCAUCAGCAACACCAUCAGCAACACCAUCAGCAGCAGCAGCAGCAGCAACAUGUCGCCGCCUACCGGCAUCGCCUGCCCAAGUCGGAGACUCCGGAAACGAACUCCUCGUUGGAUCCGAACGAUGCCAGCGAGGAUCCCAUACUGAAGAUUCCGUCCUUCAAGGUCAGCGGUCCGGCCAGCAGCAGCAGCCUGUCGCCGGGCGGACUGGUUGGUGGUCACCACCAUCCGCUGAACAACAACAACAGCCUCAGCAUCAGCAACAACAGCAACCACAGCAGCAACAGCCAUCGGAACGGCAGCAAUCGCAGCCCGCAUUCCGCAUCGCCCAUGCUGGCCGCGGCCGUGGCCCAAGGUGGCUACUCCGCCGGCAACAGUUUGCUGACCUCAUCCUCGUCUAGCAUACAGAAGAUGAUGGCCAGCAAUAUCCAGCGCCAGAUCAACGAACAGAGUGGCCAGGAGAGUCUCAGGAACGGAAAUGUUAGCGAUUGCAGCAGCAACAAUGGCGGCUCCUCCUCGCUGGGAUACAAGAAGCCGAGCAUUUCGGUGGCCAAGAUCAUUGGCGGAACGGACACCUCACGGUUCGGAGCCUCGCCCAAUCUGCUGUCCCAACAGCACCAUUCGGCUCACCACCUGACCCACCAGCAACAGCAGCAACAGCUGAGCGCCCAGGAGGCAUUGGGCAAGGGAACGCGACCAAAGAGGGGCAAGUAUCGCAACUAUGACCGCGACAGUUUGGUGGAGGCGGUCAAGGCGGUGCAGAGAGGUGAAAUGUCGGUUCAUCGAGCGGGUAGCUACUACGGCGUACCGCAUUCCACGCUGGAGUACAAGGUCAAGGAACGUCACCUGAUGCGACCGCGCAAGCGAGAGCCCAAGCCGCAGCCCGAUCUCGUCGGCCUGACCGGACCAGCCAACAAGCUGCAGCUGGACAAACUGAAGGCGGGACCACAUGGUGGCUCCAAGCUGAGCAAUGCCCUCAAGAACCAAAACAAUCAGGCGGCUGCGGCGGCGGCGGCGGCAGCAGCAGCAGCGGCCGCUGCCACGCCCAACGGCCUGAAACUGCCCCUUUUCGAGGCGGGUCCACAGGCGUUAUCCUUUCAGCCGAACAUGUUCUGGCCCCAGACGAACGCCACGAAUGCCUACGGCCUGGACUUCAAUCGCAUCACGGAGGCGAUGCGGAAUCCCCAGGCCUCCAAUCACCACGGCCUGAUGAAGAGUGCCCAGGACAUGGUGGAGAACGUGUACGAUGGCAUCAUCAGGAAGACGCUGCAGGCGAGCGAGGGCAAUGGCAGUGCGGCGGGUAAUGGCAGCAACGGUAGCAAUGGCAACGGGCAUGGGCACGGGCAUGGCCAUGGACACGCCCUGCUCGAUCAGCUGCUGGUGAAGAAGACCCCCUUGCCGUUCACCAACCAUCGGAACAAUGACUACGCCGCCACCUGUUCGAGUGCCAGCGGGGAGAGCGUAAAGCGGUCGGGCAGUCCCAUGGGCAACUAUGCAGACAUCAAGCGGGAGCGCCUGAGCGCCGACAGCGGCGGCAGCAGCGAUGAGGAGCACUCGGCCAGCCACAUCAACAACAACAACAGCGAUUUGGCGCACAACAAGAACAAGAGCGGCGGCGGCGGCGGCGGCGGCGGCAAUGGCCAGACCAAUGGGAACGGCAGGAGCAGCCGGAUGACGUCGCGGGAUGAUUCCGAAACGGAUGCCAGCAGCUUGAAGAGCGGCGAAAGUGGCGGCCAGCAAAACCACAAAAUGAUGGAUCUCAAUGGCGGCAGCAGCAGCAGCAGUCACAUCAAGUGCGAAUCGGAGGCGGCCACCGGACAUCACAGUCCUGGACACCACACCACGUCCAUACUGCACGAGAAGCUGGCCCAGAUCAAGGCCGAGCAAGUGGACCAGGCGGAUCAGUUAUAGGAGCAGCCGAUGGCCGCGAAUCCAGCGUUCGCCUGGCCACCGCUGGCCGCCCACUACUACAGCUUCUAGGCGGAGGGAGGGGGAACACCAAAUUAAGCCACGUUUUUUGAUAGUACCAUACAAAUCACUAAAUAGAAUUAUAUAUAUAUAUAUAUAUAUAUAUAUACAUAUAUAAUAAUUUAUGCCAGCCAGCUGACCGAUGUGCGUGGUAAAUGUGCGCUAGCUCUUAGUUAAAUGUGUAAUCAACUGCAUAGGGGAAAAACAAAACCACAGGAAAUCAUAAACAACAACAAACAAACAAAAAAAACAAAAAUAACAAGAACCGCAAGCAAAGAAACAUACAUUUGUGCCCCGGAGUGUACGAUGUAUAUUUUUGUUUCGUUUUGACAAUCGACAAAUAGGCAUUCUCUUGUACAAACUUUCUUAAAAGCUAACAACAAAACAAAUCUAAAACCUUAAGACCAAAAAAAACAAAAAAUGAAAAAAAACGAAUACUGAGCAAAAACCAAGAACCAUUUUCAUUUUGCAUUUCGUUUCGAACCGCAUUUUUGUGUUGAGCAUAUUUUUUACUGAACAGUAAAUGAAACAGUCCAAUGGGAAAAUAUAUGUAUAGCAGAAAUAUAUAGCACUUACAAGCCAACAACUUAAUCGACUUCUGUUUUGGUCAGGUUUCUGGACCUUGAGCUGCGAUUUUCGCACAUUCCAUAAGAUACUCUUAUGUUCCAUAUAAUUGUAGUUUUCAUACGCAAAUUUCUAGAGCAGUUAGAGCCGCAGCUCAGACAGGGCCAAAACCAAAAAAAAAAUGACCAGGCAGUUGUCCUCGACAUAGACACAAUGAGUAUAGCCAACAACAGCAACUACAACAACAACAAUAACUACAGCAAAGAGACCAUAACAACAACAACAACAACAGUAACAACCAUAACAAGCAACAACAACAGCAAUAUCCGAUCAAUAACAACAACCAGCAAAACAAGCAAUAAUAAUACAAGACUCUACAAUACAAAGAAAUGAAACAAUGAAAUAGCAAAAUUCAAAAAUUCAAAAAUAUAAACCGAAAAACAACAAUCAAAAAACCAAAACAAAAUUAUCCACAAAAAUUCAACAUUUUUUAUGAUUUCAAAAGAAGAAAAUACAAAACGGAAAUCAAUAAACAAAGCUGCCUUCACAUUUACAAAUUAAAUAAAUUAGUAAGCAAAGCGAGACAAAGCACACAAAAUAAUAAUUCAAAUGAAACGCAAACGCAGAGUAAAAAGCAAAAAAAUCAAACAAUUUCCGAAAUAUCAGUCCCAAAUUACAUUUUUAUUUUGAAAAAUUCCAAAACCUAAGAAUACAAAAUAUUACACCCCAAAACAUUCAAAAUUAUUUUCAUUCGAAAAAAAAUUUCACACAUAUUCAAAUAAAGUAAUCAAAAUUAAAGUGUUUCGGUGUUAAAAAUAAAAAAUAAAAGAAAAAAUUACAAAAAUAUAUAUAUCUGUGUUUAGGCUUUAAAACGGAAAUUUGAAAACAAAAUUUCAAGAUUUCGGCUUAAAAGUAAAAAGAGAGACAAAAAGAAAAACAAAACAAAUUUUGAGAACACACAUUUCAUGUACAGUCGCCUAACCACCAAAAGUAAGAAAGCAUAAAUAUAUAAAGACUUUAUAUUACUAUAUACCAUAUGAUAUAUAUUUGUAUAUUUAUGUAUGUGUGUGUCUUCAUCACUACGCGUAUACCUCAAACCAAACACAUGAUCAUUUUGAGCAACUAAAUAUAUUUAAAUGUACUUAUACACUCUACACACUCUUUUACAGGAGAGCAAAACAUAUUUACACAGUUAAACCCCCCCCAAUCCAAAACUUUGGCCCUCCUUUCGACGUAUCUACAUUUCGUUUGACUUUGAAAUUCUAUCUAUGGGUAAACAACUACUAACUAAAUGUCUGCGUAAAUGAAAAUAGAUGAAAAAUUAUAUAAAUGUACCUAAAAACAUAUUUUGUGUGCUAGCUAGUAAGUGUCAAAAGAAAAACAAAAAAACCAUACAAAAACGAUAUACAAUAUAUUUAAAUGAUUAUGAGAUGGUGAAAAUUGUCGGAAAUAUUUGAAAAUAUUUAGCGAAUUAUAAUACAAGAAACAGUCAAAGGUAUGGCAAGGAAAAUUGUGGAAAAUAGCAAGCGAAAUGCGUUUAAUAAUUAUAUUGAAAUCAUUUAAAGGCAUUUAAUAUAUUUAUCAUUUCCACGAUGCGAUUGAUAAAAAAGUAUUUAUUGGCUAAUCUCCCAAAUUACAUUUGAUGUGCAUAAAUGUUGUGGUUUAGAAUCAAAAUCAAAGGUAACAAAAUUAAAAGUUAAGGCUUAAAAAUGUAAAAAAAAAAAAAUUUAAUACAAUUAUGAAUUUUGGUAUAAUAGCGGAGAGUUCUGCGAACCUAAAGAAAUUCAAAAUGUUUAUUAUAUGAAAAAUGGAAAAAUGGAAGGGAAAAUAGGCGAGAGUAGAUAAAGAAUGGAUGGAAAUAAAUCAAAAAGUAUUUAUUGCUAAUUUAAUUAUAUUUGAAGUAUACAUACAUAUUUAUUAUAUACAUACAUAUAUAUUAGACACACUAUCUGUGAUUAAUAAUCCAAAAUUUUGAAGAGCAUUUUCUGAAAUAACGUUGGCUAAGCAUAUGCGAAAAGACAAAACCAAUGGAUAAAGUAACACACACCCAUGUAAAGAAAUUGUAGACAGAUCGGAUAAAACGAAACUAAACCAAGCACAAGCUAAUGGCCCAAAUGCAGUUGGCCCCGAAAAUCGAGCGCUGCAUUUGGCCAAGAGAAUUUCUUAAGCUACGGCACACAUCACUGAAAACAAAAACUGAAAACUGAAUACUGAAUACUGAGAAUAGGAAACAGUAAGCAGAAGACAAGAUCGAUGGUACUGUUCAGAACAUAUAUAGUUGUAUAUAUUUUGGAAUAAUGUUUACCAGUUCAAGUCAAAAUUAAAAGGAAAAAAAAAUGCAGUCUUUUAUAAUGCAAAAUUAUACAAAGAAAAAUUACAAUUUCGCAACGCUAAAAAAUGAAAAACGAAAAUAUUGAUGUAAAAAGAAUGAAAAUCAAACUUAAAAUAAUAAACAAGAUAAAGUGCAAUUAUACGGUUUAAAUAAGCAAAUUUAAGAAACAAACGUUAUAAACAAAAACACAAACAUGUUAAAACAAUGAAAAUAUUUCGAAGCAAGUUUAGCUACAAAUUCCAAGGCAACUGAUAAUGACAAGAACCAUUUACAAGAAAACCCAAGACAGCAAAGUACAGUGCGUUUCAUAACCCGCAAUACGGGCAAUCGAAUACUACCAUUCCAUUGCCCAUGGAGAACUGAAACGCACUUUGGCCCUACUUCAUAUUGAUAGGGUAAUCGGAUCCAAAAUCUGUAAACCAAAUUUUGGGAUCAGCGAUUAAAACCUUAACGGAAGUUCAUAACUGCAGAAAAAAAAAGUCGAAAGUCGAAAUGUCAACCUAGUGGUAGUUCGAAACACAAAAACAAAAUAAACCAAUCGAGUGUAAUUGAGUGACAGCUUGAGAAUGUUGAAUUGUAUAGAAUUUUUGCUUGUGCACCUGGUCGAGGGGGGCGUGGUUGCGCCCCCUUUUUGGUUUCUAGGUGAACAGGCGAAAACGCUCAGGUACGUGUUUUAUUUUUCGGAGAGAAACAAGAUUGAUUACCCAUACAUUACUUAUUCUUUGUUUUACUACAACAUAAUAGUUAAUAUUUGUAUAAAAAAAAAAGACGACGAUGGCGAGAAGGGAAAACCAGCUAAAAAAAUUGAUAUAUUCAUAAUAUAGAAUUGUUUUAAAUGGUUUGAGAGCGAAAAAUAUUGAGGGUUUCUAGCGUGCUUCAUGAAAUUGCUCAUAUUUGUGUAUAAAACCUUAUUUGUUCAAUGCGAAUCAAAAUUUGCUGAAUAUAAGUGCAUAUAUAUAUAAUUAGAGUUUAUUUUUCGGUUUAGUUAAGCGCAUAAAAUGAUUACGAUUUAAAUAAUUAUUAUUAGUUAUGACCUAAUAGUAGGCAAAUCAAAAUUUCUUCACAUAAAACAAUCAACUUCUACUUUCAAAUAAUUUCUAGACGUAUGUAACUAUAGUUAUUAUUCUAUUAUUAUACGGACUAAAACUAUUUAGCGCGUUGUUAGACUCGAUUUAUGGUUUGUACAUAUUAGACAACAUUUUUAUGGUAUUCUCCUCUUUUUUUAUUAUUACUAGCAUUAUUACUCCCUAUUUUAAUUGACUUCUUAAAUGGGCAACAUCAUUUUGAACUAUAGUGCAAUUGUUUCAAACAAAACCAAGCAACCAACAACAAAUAUAUUAACAUUAAAGAUUAAUAUAAUUUACAAGCUUUCUUUGCCGAUGCCAAGAAGGAUGAAUAACGCAUAUGUCUACCGUAUGGAUCGAAAAUCAAAAAUCAUUUUAAGUGCACAUAACUCUUUAAAAUAGCAAUUAGACUACGCCUAGGUUUUUUCAUUAUUAUGCGCACGCUUCAGUCCAAAAAAAAAAAAUUGAAAUUCUUCACAUUCUCAUUCACAUGCUCAGUUCGAGACAUCACAAUCACAAACCAGAAAAAGAAAACUCAAAACUUUUCACCUAAGUUCAACUUGAGCGACCGCAACAACUCAAGAUCAGCAAAGAUCACAAGCGAAAAUUGCUAAGAAACAAUAGCCCAGACGUGAUAACAACCACAAAAUAGCCACAACAAUAGCCCAAAAAUAAUUGAAACAAAAAUUGAUUAAAAGCCAAAAAAAAAAAAAUAAAAAAGCAAAUAAUAAGAACUUAAUUACAUGAAACUAAUUAAAUACAAAACGUGGACAUAAGAGAUGUCCAAAAGCUCAGAUAAAAUCCAAGCAGCCUAAAGUCGAUUGUACUUUUCUUUUUUCUAUCCACAAAUACAACCAACAACAACCAACAACAACAACAACAACAGCAGCAACCACAAUUUAAAUAAACAAUAGUACUACUCUAACUACAGAACUUAAAUAGCCACAAGUAAAUAGAAAUAGCCACAGCAAUUAACUUUAAACAAGAUGCCCAAACACAGACACACACAGAAACGUUUCUUCAAAACAGAUUUGUACUCUUAGCCACAUAACCGAUACGAUACAAUAGCCACUUAAUUAGGAUCGAUCAUAGCCAAGCAAUAGAAUCAGAUAUCAGAUACAAAACUCAGAACCGGAAACAGGAAAUCGUCAAUCGCGAAUCGGAAAAAAGAAGCAGCACCAAAUCGAACUGCAAAGGCAAAACCCCAGUAUAUUAAUAAUGGGAAGAAAAACAUAAUGAAUAAAACCAAUUUUUAUUUCAAUUAUUAACUUAUAAACACAACAACAACAACCACAGCUCCACACAGUUACAGUUACAACAAGAACAACAACAAUAGCCCUAGAAAAUAAUAUUCAUAAUUAAUCAAUCAAUCAAUCCGUAAAACCAACAACUUCAAUAGUUAUAAGCAAUUGGCGUCAAAAAAAAAAGCGAAAACAACCAAAAUCUUAGCCAGGCAAAAGUUUUGAGCAUAUUUUUCAUUAUUUUUACAACAAACAAACAAACUGAUGUAAGUACAAUUCAUAAAAUUAGACUUUCGGUAAACUAUAAUAAAGAAAAUAGAGCAGAAAAUAACAUUUUUUUUUUGCAUUACAUAAUUGCUACAAAAUUCAAAAACAAAGAACGAUUUUUUAGUGGAAAACAAAAGCCAAUAAGCAAAUAAAAAGAAUUCGCAUUAUUAUUAGCAAUAGCCCAUAAGUACAGCAAAGUGUAUUAGCAAUAAAGCUAAAAAAAAAACACAAAAGCAGAGAUUUUAAAAAGAAACAUAAAAGUGAAGAAAAACUUAAAACUGCAAGAAAAAUGUGAAACCAAUUUGUUCUGCGUUGAAAAAGAAAUCCAAAAUAAAUAUGUUUUAUUUGAUAAGUAAUUUAUAAACAUAUUACAAUUUCGCUUAAUUUGAUUAAAUGUAAUAAAUACAUUGUAAACCUUAAAUUAAUAUUUACAACAGCAAAAUUUCUGUUUAGUAAGGCGUGCAUAAUUGUUAUUAUAUUUACACAGACACACAUAACUAAGUUUAAGUUUAUAAUUUUCGUUAUCUUUAUUAUUUACUUAUUAUGUUUUAAACGCAAAAACAAACCAGAUAUAUACAAUAUAUUUACGAAUUAAAACGUUUAUUAAUAAAAUGGAAAAUAUUUUAGUUAAACCAUUCGUUUAUCGUUUGCAUUUAUCAUCAGCACAGGAGGCUCUCCGUUCACACACAUUGCAGAAUAUAAGAAAAAUCGAAUAUGAAUAUUAAAUUAAGCACCGUCUAACAAUUGCAACAAGAUACUUAAUACCAUUAUACGCAAUAGUUAUAAUUGACAGAUGACACGAAAUAUGAAUAAACUGAACAAUAGCCCAAAGUAAAUAUUGGCCAUGGUAGCAGGUGGAUAAAAACCCUAAGCCCUUCUAACGUGGCCAAUAUUUGCUCCAUUUUCACAUGCAAGAGAUGAGCAACAACAACAACAACAACAACAAUAUCAAUUGGCACUCAACAGAUGCAAUUCCCAACAACAACAACAACAACCAUAACAACAACAACAAUAAAAGGCAAUUGAAACUUUAGUUUCGGUUAAUUGAGUUUGAUUUUUAGUUCAGUUCUUUAGUUGAUUCUCACCACUUUCAAAAAUAUGUUUCGGCUCCAACCCACUUAAAAAUUUUGAAAUUUUCCGAACAAAAAUCAAAAAUGGCACCAACUACACAGACGAGCCAAAGGAAUCGUACAUCUAAACUCAACACAGCUUCAGGGACCAACUAAAAGGAGAAAUGAUUUAAACUUAAAUUAAUGAAAUUACUAAUGAAAUCAAUGGUAAAUCAAUACUAAAAUGUAAACACACAAGCACACACGACGUGUGGCGUUGAAAACUAAAGCUAAAUCAAGUUUUAAGGCAUAUCUUGAAGACGAGACGAAAAAUCAAGUUAAAAAUUGCGAACAAAAAUUGUGAAAAACUAUUGCAAAAUUAUGCAGACCCGGAAAAUCGUAUGUGUGUACAUAAAUGAAGGAGCAACCCUUUUGGUAAUCUAUAUACAUAUAUUAUAUACAUUUAGCGUGUCAAAAAGUAAACCUAAACUUUAGAUUCUAAAGCAACAAAAAAAAUAUCUAAAUGCAGUGAAAACUUCAGGCCAUGCAAACUUUGGAUAAAUUCUGAUUAAAAUUAUAUUUGUAAGUCAAAAUCAAAUGUAUACGAUAUGAGAGGAAAUUAACAAACUAAAACUGGAUUAAGUGUAAAAAGAACAUACAUAUUUCGAUGGCAAGCAAAAAAAAAAAAAAAUUGAUUGAAAAUGGAGAAAACCCCAAUUUACAUAGAACUAAUUAUUAUUUCGCUUUGGCGUUGACCUUUUGUGUAUAUAAAAAAAAGCGAAUGCCAAGUGGGAUUCUCAACAAAUCGAAUAUCAAAUGAAAAAAAAAAACAAACAAACCAAAUAAGGUAAAUUCAAAUUAGCAAAAUUUUUGUCAACCAAAAAAUGACCUAGUAAAUGCUAAAUUCAAAUUUAUAGUACAUAUUUGUGUAUGGUAUGAGUGUAUUGCAUAAGUUCGAUGUGGGUGUAUAACAAUUAUUAUUAACAUUAUGCUUAUCCCUUUCGUUUCCACGUUAUGUACAUUUUGUUCGCAAGACAAACGAAUAAAAAAAAAACGAUCAACAAAUUUGAAGCCAAUAAUAAUGAACAAAUAAGAACAUGUGCUGAACUGCUGAAUUCCAAUUGAAUUGCAACCAGAGUAAGGAGAUACAUUACAUUAACCGAAGCAAAAACAUUGUAAAAAAGCAUAAAAACCAACCGAAAUCAGUUGAGAAGAACGUCAAGGAAACGGGCAAAAAUUGCUUAAGAAAUGGAUGAGAUUUGUGUAUAUGUGAACAGAAUGAGCAAAAAUAGAGGGUAUACGUUAGCUGUCGGAGAGCAAACUAAAAAAAUUAACAACUUGCCGAUGGGACAGUCGGAAAACAAGGCCCAAAAACAAAACUAUUAACUUGUAAUGAUGUGAACUUGGAGCAUACUCUCAGUAUUUUUAUGAAUACUGUCAAUAAAACAUUAAUUAAAGAUU